GCCACGCCUUAUGUAAGCGCCGCGACUCCGUUCGACUUCCAACGAGAAUCGCAUUCUUUCUUUCGUCUCCAAGAAACAUCCUAUCCAACCAGCUAAAACACCGAAAGACGACAUCUCCAGCCAUGGCAGACACAGAGGUUGCCGAUGCCCACGAGGCGACAGUGCCCAGCCCUUCGCCAGCAGAGGCAGAAGCUGGCAACGAGGAGAAUGCUCUCACUCAACCUUCAGAGACCGCCGUCGCCGUCGCCGAUGAUGCAGACGGUGCGCAGAAGAAGACAAAGAAGAUCAUCCGACGAAAACGCAGACCAGCCCGUCCCCAGGUCGACCCGGCCACAAUCAAAUCAGAGCCUCCUCCGCAGACCGGUACGAUCUUCAACAUCUGGUACAACAAAUGGUCUGGCGGUGACCGCGAGGAUAAAUACCUGUCGAAGCAGGCUGCGGUCUCGCGGUGCAAUAUCGUCAAGGAUAGCGGAUAUACCCGUGCUGAUAAAAUCGUCGGUUCCUACUUUUGCUUAUUCUUCGCCCGUGGCAUUUGCCCUAAGGGACACGAAUGUGAAUACCUCCACAGACUGCCUACCCUGCACGACUUGUUCAACCCCAACGUCGACUGUUUCGGAAGGGAUAAAUUCAGCGACUAUCGUGACGACAUGGGCGGUGUUGGUUCAUUCAUGCGCCAAAACCGAACAUUAUACGUCGGUCGGAUUCACGUCACAGAUGAUAUCGAGGAAGUCGUAUCCCGACACUUUGCUGAAUGGGGUCAAGUUGAUCGCAUCAGAGUGCUCACCUCUCGUGGUGUUGCCUUCGUAACCUACACCAACGAGGCAAACGCCCAAUUCGCCAAGGAGGCAAUGGCACACCAGAGCUUAGACCACAGUGAGAUUCUCAAUGUCCGCUGGGCCACCGUCGACCCGAACCCGUUGGCACAGAAGCGCGAGGCUCGAAGAUUGGAAGAACAAGCUGCAGAAGCUGUGCGGAGGGCACUGCCCGCCGACUUUGUGGCGGAGAUCGAAGGCAGAGAUCCCGAGGCACGGAAGAGGAAGAAGAUCGAGGGUACCUUUGGACUGCAGGGAUACGAAGCCCCAGACGAAGUGUGGUAUACCAGGACAAGGGAGUUGGAAGACGCAGAGAAACUAGGGCAAUUGGAAGCUACGAAUCAACCACUUAUGCUUGAGUCGGCACCUCCUGCUGCUGCGGCGCCUCAGCCACAAGCACCCGCGAGCAGUGGCAUCUUUUCCAGUUCCACCGUUGCAGCACUGCAGGGAUUAGCAGGCGGAAAUGUGACCACCCAGAAGGCUCAGAAUACUGGGGGGCCUUUAGUAGCCUACGGAAGUGAUGAUGAGAGCGAUUGAUUUCUUGGUUUGGUUUGGUUUAUAUGCAUGGUUCCAUAUGUACAAUAGCAAAGAUACCUCAAAACAUUCAUCGUAUAUGCUCGUUAUAUGAUACCAUCAAGUGCUUGUAAUGCAUGACGGGUAUAAUCCGCUAUAAAGCAGUGAGAGGAGAUCGAAAAAAUAUCAACAACAGAAAAUGCAAUAACAACAUGAAGACGCAUGAGGCAUGACACAUGGGUUUUUUUU